AUGGCUACACCAUGGUUUGUAAAGAUUACUUAUCUACCACAACAUAUCACAAGUGAACAACUAGCUAAAAAGUUCGGCAUUUCCGAAGAUGAUAUUUUCAUUCCACAAAAUCAGGAAGGACCCACUACUUAUGCAAAAGUAAACGGCUUCAUGAUGGAAGAGGAUGCAAACAAAUUCGUACAAAGAUGGAACAAAACACGAAUUCUCAAUGCAACGAUAAAGUGCAAGGCUGUCUCUACACCACCCAAUUUGGUUCGUCGACGACCAGCAUCGAUGUCCACAAACAAUCAAAUUUCAUCACAACUAGUCGAUUGUCAAGAUGGAUUCCAGUGUCGCAACGCUAAGUGUGAAUAUAAUCAUCCACUUGGGUGGGAUGCUUGUGAGGAUGGUGCAGAUUGUGAAAUUUUUUAUUGUAAAGCCAAUCAUCCAGUUGGUCGAACAAAUCCAUGUCUCAAUGGGCAUCAGUGCGAUGCUUCUCCUUGUAAUUUUUUACAUCCUUUGCCAGGGAUAUUAGGAUGUCCUGAAGGCGCCCAUUGUUGUGUAUUAUUAUGCCAAGCGUGGCAUCCAAAGAAACGGGAGAAAGAAUGUAUGGAUGGCAGACAUUGUUACAACUCGAAAUGUCAGCGAUUACAUCCAUCUGAAUGGCAAGCGUGUUCACAUGGCAUAGAAUGUACUGAUUAUAUGUGUGAAGAAAACCAUCCUCCAAAUCGAUUGACUCGAUGUCAUGAAGGCGCCACAUGUGGAAAUUUCUAUUGUGAAUCUUUGCAUCCUAUCGAAUGGGAUCCAUGCGAAGCAGGUAUUAGGUGUGUGGAUGCAGCUUGUCCUCGUACAUCUCAUCCCGCUGAUCGCAGUUUAUCUUCAAAUCAAGAGAUCUCCAGUAAUGAAAGAUCGCUACCACGACUACUGAAAUCUGUAGAAGAACGUGAUCUUGAACGAAGGCAAGCCCAACUGCCUAUCUUUUCCUCUAAAGAUGAGUUUUGUCGACGAUUAAAAGAAGAACGGGUACUUGUGGUCACAGCAGAGACAGGCAGUGGUAAAAGUACACAACUACCACAAUAUGCCGCUGAAUACUUCGGCGGACUAGUUAUUUGUACUCAACCGCGAGUAAUUGCAGCAGUUUCUCUAGCCCGCCGUGUGGCCAAUGAAUAUGAUGGUAUGGCGAUGGGUCGAUCAGUUGGCUAUCGAAUAGGUUUAACGAAUACUAUGAGCGAGAAUAACCGAGUUCCAGGAACAGAUAUUCUCUUUAUGACAGAUGGCGCGUUAAUACAAGAAAGUACAGAAGAUAGACAAUUAAGCAAUGUACGAGUGUUGAUUAUCGAUGAAGCUCAUGAACGUUCAUUAAACACAGACAUUGUUAUGGGUAUUGCAAAACUAUUACUAAAGACACGACCUACAGAUUUCUACGUUGUCAUCUCUUCAGCAACUAUUAAUCCUAGGAAAUUUUUGGAAUUUUUUAAACGAUCGGAUUCUCAACCGCUUAAUGUUCCAGGUCGUGUUUACGACGUUAUUAUCGAAUACCUUCCCAAAGCAGAUGGUUCUGUGGAGGAGCAUGCGGUUAAUACUCUACGUCGACUAUAUAAUGAACAUCAAGGGACUACAUUGGUAUUUCUUCCUGGACAACGUGAAAUCGAACGUGCCAUGGAGCUUUUUAAAGUUAACUUACCAGACAAGUGUUUUCCCUUUCCAUUGUAUGCUGCUCUCUCAUCAGAAGAACAAGAUCAAGUACUUCAGUUCGAUGAAGGUAUAAAUGGGGAACGUCGAAUGGUAGUUUUCUGUACGAAUGUUGCUGAAACGUCAUUAACAAUAAAAAAUACUCGUCUUGUCAUAGAUUCUGGCUUAGCCAAAGAAGCUAAUGUGGAUGAAGUUCUUCGUUGUACAGUGAUUCAAACAACUUCAAUUUCUAAGGCAUCUGCUGAUCAGCGUAAAGGAAGAGCAGGACGAACAGCACCAGGUUACUGUGUACGUCUCUAUAACGAAGAUACAUUGAUUCGUGCUGAUAUUGAACCAGCAAUUCUUCGAUCUUCACUUGAUCUUGUUAUCCUACAGCUUAUCCAUUUACAACUCGAUCCACUGGCAUUCCCCUUUAUUGAUCCGCCUGCCUCAACUAUUAUUCAAUCGUCAUUAAAGAUUUUAAAAGAUCUAUCUUGCAUUACUGAAAACUAUGAUAUUACUCUACGAGGUGAACUUUUCGUCAAACUCAAUCUCAGUCCUCGUUUCAGUGCCUUUUUUGUUGAUGCUUAUGUCGAACAUGGUCCCAUUCUCGAGUUAGCAGCAGUCAUUGUCGCCAUUUUAACAGCACCGGGUUCCGUAUUUUUAGUGGGUAAUACAGAUGAAGAGAGGGAUACUAUUCGGACUCGUGUCACUAACAAUGCUAAAGAGUACGAAAGCGAUUUGCUCUAUUUCGCUUCUACUUAUAAUAAAUGGCGUAGUAUAGGCAUUCUUGAUCCGACUGCACGUAUGUGUCCAACGUGUCAUAAGAGUUGCAACAAAGGUAAUAUAUGUCGACCAUGUCGGGCAGCAUAUAGUACAACACAUUUACUAAACAACAAGAUCUUAAAUAUUGUUGAGAAUGUGUCGAAUGCUUCAAUUAAAACAAUUGAAAAGUCAAGCUGGCAACUCAAUCCUCGUUCGGUAUCAGAAGCAAACGAGAGUGAUAUCAUCGGAAUAAAUUUAUACAAGCAUUUUCCUGAACACUAUGGGUCUCUGCUCAAGCCACAAGUACCUACUGCAAGUGCACGUAUGCGUGCAACUCAUAUUGACGCACGUAUAAUUGAAACGAGUGCUUUAGUCCAGCGACCCGCUAGCAAUCCUUACUUUAUUGCAAUGUCCAUUAUAAAAUUGCCUGGGGGUCGUUAUUUGCUUGAACGAUUGCAUCCAUGUCGUCAUGCAGAAGACCUUGAUCCAAAGCGCACUGAGAUGUAA